AUGACGGAAAGCAAUAAAAGGAAGUCCUCGUCGUUGUCCAAAGAUCAGUUUUGCAGUGAAGUGUUCCGUGAAACAACUUGUCCACGGCAGUCACGAGAGACUGAGCUGAACGUGCAGGGUGCCUUCUCUUUUAUCCUUAUGGUUAUUUUCUUGCUGUCCUCGUCAUUGACGGAUAACGCCGUAUCGUUGUCGAUAAGACCGGAUCCUCAUUCUGGAAUGCCAGGAAUUCCUGGCGUCCCAGGAAUGCCGGGAACUCCGGGUUCUCCGGGUAGAGAUUGUUUUAAAGGAGAGAAGGGCAUCAUCGGAAAGCGGGGCUCACAAGGCGCUAUAGGACUUCCAUGGAAAAUUGGUCCACGGAGUCCAGAAGGAUCCGAAGGGGAGAUAGGUUCGAUAGGAAUUAAAGGAAUGCUUGAUACUGCAUUUGUUGUCACGUAUUUCCAGGCGGCCGAUCGUGUCGGAUGUAAUCUCUAA